AUGGCGCGUCUACGCAAACCGAGUCCAAAUGCACCAACCAUCUUUAUGCCCCCUAGCGACACGAGCGCGACACGAUCCAGUCCCCGGAAGGCUACCUUGCGAUAUGCAUCGUUCCAGGAAGACGAUACCUCAAUGCUGGUACCAAAGGCCUCGAGCCGCGCGUUGCGGGACAUCAGUUUAUCGCAAGAUCUGGAGAACUCGUUCCCAGCAACAAAGUCAGCCACGCCCAAAGACGCGCUCACCCCGCGCAAGCAACGCGUACUACGGCCGGUCGAGAGCAACAGCCGUCUUCUUCGUAAGCUAAGUGACGAGAGCCUCGCGAGUCCUGAGAAGAAGCAGAAAGAAAGGAGAGAACGCAGUGGCACCGUCGACAUGGAUGUGGACAAGAGAAAGAGAUUGCGAUAUGCCACAACCCUAGCUAGGACCAUGGCAAACAAGCAAGGGAAGAAUAGCAGGAUAGAUGUUGUUGGAGAAGACGAAGCCCAUGAGGCUGCCCAGAGGUCAGGGACCAAGGGUCCUUUGAAGAAGACUGAUGAGAUGGAAGUCGAUGUGGAAGAGGCCGACGAAGCCGAGACUAGCCUGUGGUGUGGCGAUGAAGACGCCGAAACACCAGAAGAGGUUGCUGAACCAGUCAUCGAGAUAAGCGAUGAUGACGAUGAGGAAGAAGAGCCCGUCAUGACGGCCCAGAGAAGAGGUCGACAACCGCAGGCCCGGCGGGUAGUCUCUGACAGCGAGGAAGACGAAAGUUACACUAGCUCCCCGCGAGCUGUCAACCACACUCGUCGGCCGUCUUUCAAGAUUCCGGAUCUCAAACCGGUAAAGUUGUCUGCCCAACAACCAGCUGACCUGGUUUCCAUGCGCCCACCACACCGGAAAGGACACAGCACGAUAUCAAAUUGGGCGCAGGACGUCAUCGAUCUUGCAGACUCGCCUGAGCCCCCUUCAUCGUUUAUUCUUGCAGAGCCAACCCAUGUCCGAUCAAGCUCUUUUGCGGCGUCAUCUCGUCCUACAAGCUCUGCCUCGAAUGCGCAGCUCGCUAUUCUUACAUAUUCACCAACGCCCACUAAAAGGCGAUCACCGUGCAAAGCUCCACCUAUCGAACGUCCAGGUACACCUCCUUUUGCACCUUCUAGUCCCACCAAACUCGUUUCUCCUUCAAAGAAGAAGCCUACUAUUCCAAGAGCCUCGCAUAUAGACGGGCGACCCAGCCUGGAUGCAUUCUGGAACCCCAUGGCAGUCAAUGAGUGGAACGAGCAUCAUUCUCCAGCAAAGCCGAUUGUAUCACCCAAGAAGCAAAAAUGGCGCGAGGACAUUGUCAAGAUGAUGGAAGGCGUAGCUUUGGAGGACAGCAGUGAUGAAAGCUAUCACAGUGCCGUAGAAAGUCCAAAGAAGAAGCCUGCCAAACGAAACACAACCAAGCAGAAGACACCAGACGUUGACCCAGCACCGACUGUCAAGCAGAUCCGCGAGCAGCGCAAGGCCUUUUCUGAGACCAAGCAUGCCAUGGCCGAGGCGUUCUUGACGGAGCUCGACACCACCAUCGCCUCAGGUCGCAUCCACGAACUAUCAAAGUCAACAGGCGGCAUAAAGCUCGUCUGGUCCAAGACACUCAAAACAACAGCCGGUCGCGCGAACUGGCGUAGAGAGCAAAUUCGCAUCCGGAACGGCUCGCAAGCAACAGAUGUGCGAACUGAAAUUCGACACCACUGCUCGAUUGAGCUUGCCGAAAAGGUCAUCGACGAUGAGGAACGCCUCUACAACGUGCUAGCACACGAAUUCUGCCAUCUGACCACGUUCAUGAUUAGUGAAGUACGCAACAACCCACACGGAGCCGAGUUCAAGGCCUGGGGCCGCAAAGCAACCGCUGCCUUUGGUGGCAGCAAGGGCGUUGAAGUCACCACCAAACACUCGUACCAGAUCGAAUACAAGUAUAUCUGGGAAUGCGUUCUGUGCGGCUACGAAUUCAAGCGCCACUCCAAGUCUGUGGAUCCCACACGCCACUCGUGCGGGAAGUGCAAAGGAAGGCUUGUGCAGACAAAACCCAAACCGCGCGGCACUGCCGGUGGCGCUGGAGCGGCGGCUGUAGGACAAGACGGCAAAAGGGAAAAGAGCGAGUACCAAGUCUUUGUCAAGGCAAACUUUGCGAGGGUCAAGAAGGAGCUUGAGGCCCAAGGCAAGGAUACACAAAUGGGCAAGGUGAUGGAGGCUGUGGCGAGGGAGUACAGAGAGAGAAAAGAGGUAAAGGCGAAGGAGGUUGGGGAGCUGGAGGCUCAGCUGCAUGGGCUAAAGAUUUAG